AUGAUCAGUGUCGAUCCCGUUGAUGAUGGCGAAGGGCCGUUCACCUUUGACCACAUAGGGAAUACCGAUGUUGAAGGGCGGAGUCGAAUCGAUUCGGUCUCUCCAGUUAUCGCCGUUGUCGAUGACUUCGUUUUCCCUGUCGUCUACAUCGAAGACAGUUUGGAUCGAAUGUCGGAUGAGGUUGCCUUCGUGGCGAUCUCAUCGAAAUUCAAUGACGAACAACCUGUGAGUUCAAGCCACCCUGAAACGCCAAAGAUGAGUGAUGUGAACGCUAACGAGCUAGAGGAUGAAAUCCGGGAUUUGGAAGGCAAACUUAAACAUGAACGGGAGGAGAAAAAAAAACUGCAAAUAGAGAUGCAGGAUGAAAUGGAUAGAGAAAUUAGAGCUGCUGAAGAAAAAUGGAUGGAAAGAGCAAGACAGGCUAUGCAAGAAAGAGAUUCAUUAGCUGCCCGAACUCAGCAAAUGGAAGAACAACUUGAUGCUAUCCGAAUCGAUGUUAAUAGGGCAGUUGCCUAUAGAUUGGAGAUGGAAGAAUCGAGAAAUCGGAUUAAGCUGCAAUUAGACACUGUACAACGUGAUUACGAGGAGACAAUGUUGGAGCGGAGCUCAGUUUUGGAGGAAAACCAACGUUUGUCUGAAGAAAGGGAUAACCUAAGACAAACUGUUCAUGAGCUCAACAGAAUUCUAAAUGAAGUUUCUAAUAGAAAAAAAGAGAGCGAUGAGGUUCAAAACUUAACAAAUAAGUUAGAUCAGACUAGGCGCCUCCUCCAAUUGAAUAUGGAGGAAACGGCAGCAGCUAACAAAAGGAGUACGGAAGCGAUGGAGAGGUUGGGCAACUUACGAAAACAAGUAGAAAGAUUGACUGAUGAGAGAGAUCUAGCAUUAAGAAGGCUAAGAGAAAUGGACUUACAGCGAGAACCAAUUGUAGAUGUUUGGAAUACGCAUACUGUUGAAGUCGCUUUAUCAUAUCCAAAACCUAAUCUGGGAAUUGUUCUUAGUGGUGGUCGGACGGACGAUCGUUUUGCCAUUCAUUCUCCCAUUUAUGUUAAAGAUGUUCUGAUUGGCUCUCCUCUCGAGAAUAUGCUAAAGCGUUUGGAUCAUAUAUUAAUAGUUAAUGACAUUGAUGUUACUGACAUGGAUCAGCGUAGUGUAAUAGAUAUACUGAAAAAUAGUCAUCAUCUGAAAAUGGUCAUAAGACGAAGAGCGAACGCCAACAAAAUUCACGAAGUAACGUUAGGGAACUCCUCUGACAUUGGAAUCGAACUUGGAAAUGGUGUCUUUGUCAAUGCAACAGAUUCAAACCUUUCUGCUAGUAGAGCUGGAAUUGAACCUGGAAAUCGAGUAGUUCAUGUUAAUCAUGUCCCGGUUUAUGAUGCCAAGCAUGCUGAACAACUGAUAAAGUAUUCUAACAAUCAAGUGGUUAUUGGUUUACUUGAUGGAAAAAAGAGAACAGAAUCCCUCUAUGCUAAAGAUAUUCACUCUUCUAAACAGAGAACCCUAUUUUCGAAGUGGUUUGGACGGCACAAUACAGAGAAACCUCGUAAUGUUGUAGCGAAAGCCAGUAUCGAUACAAAUCAACAAGAUAACGUAGCGUUUUAUCGUCAAGGCUCUUUACGUAUUCCCACACCGCAGCAUGUUAACAGUGAGCUUGUUCGCUAUGGAUCUUUAAGAGCACCGCCUGGGGCUGAUAAUGCCCGAAUUGCUGAAAAACUUGGAGAUUAUUUGAACAAAACUCAUUCUAAUCGAUUAUCGUUGAUGUCUGACGGGCCAGGGAGAACAUGGCCUAAAUCUGUUCCGGAAGAUGAACCUCUUUUGCCAAGAAGACGAUUAAAUCGUCCUUCUGUUUUUCCAGUUUUCGGCACACCUAAUUCUCCGGCUACAACUAGUGCUUUACGGCAGUCUGCUGAAAUUUCUUCAUCUAGCAGGUGUCAUGGUUGUCCGUCACCAUCAGUUCCGCCCUGGUCGCCCAGGCAAACUAGGCAAACUGUUCAGCAGUCUGGUCAACAACUUUUACUACAUGCACCAUCAGUAGAGGGUAGACUUGUUACCUCACCUGUAAGCAGUCAACAACACGUCGCGUUCUCACAACGAGCGGAUAAUAGAGUCUCAUGUUAUAGCCCUGCUCUACCGCAACCGCCUCCAUAUCCUGGACCGAGAGAAGAUUCCAUGUCAUCAGUUAUAUCGUCUACAAACUCUUUACCUAUUCCAGGAGGUAGCUCCGUGAAUGUUACAUAUCACAGUUUCCAAAACAAUUCACCAACAGGAACUCUUAUGUCAGAUUCCUCCGAACAUUUCCGAAGAGGUCAUAUGAGUCGCGACGGAAGUGAGUUUGGAUAUUCGAUGGAAAGCAAUUCACUUGUACCCAUGAGAAUGAAUAGCCAUGUAAAGAGAGGAGAAAGGCUCUUAGAAGUAGGAGGAAUAAAUAUGAGACCAGGAGAGAAACAGCAAGUCUCGCACAAAUAUGGCACAAAUGAUUCUCAGGUAUCACUCUUGGUUUCGGGGCAAUCGACGGCUCGAUGGGUGCAUGUACCUAGGAAACAGAUAAGGUUAUGCGGAGGCAAUGCAAUUGGAAUCCUAGCAGAAGCUUCUGCUGGGGAUCUUCAAGAAGGGGAUUUAAUCAUGGAAAUUGAUGGUUAUAAUGUUAGAGGAGCCACUCACGAAGAAGCCACUGAGGCACUUCUAGAGUCAUUGGAUGAGUUGGCAGAACUUCUUAUUGAAGAUGGAGCUGAUAGGCUAAAUCGACUACGCUUAGGAGCUGAUGGAGAUUCUUUCUAUGUGCGUAUCAACGUUGACAGGAGCAGUGAAAAUAAAGACGAGCUCGAUAUCAAAGCAGGAGAAAUUGUCUUUGUCGACAAAACAAUGUUUAUGGGCCAACGUGGUCGUUGGCGUGCUUGGAAAGUUGAUAGGGAAGGACGACAGAGGGAGAAUGGUAUUAUACCUUCUUCAAGCUUUAUGGAAAGACAAGAGCAGAAAGGCAGAAAACAAAAAGGGAGAUCUGCAUUACCACCUUUAACUCGACCUGUUUAUGAAAGAAUGGAGCGGGUAUGCUCUAGUAAACAGCGACCAGUAAUCUUGUAUGGAGCUUUUGUAGCUCCUUUUGUACAGUUCUUAUUAGAUGAUUCUGCCAAAUUUACACAAGUUGUACCAGAAUGCCGAGCUCUUCAGUCUAUGGAUGUUGAUCGUUUGCUUCAUACUUGUGAACUCAUUGACGUGCGCAAGAGAGACAAGCUCUUCGAUGUUAUAUCUGCAACAGCAGUCAACAACAUUAUGGAACAAGGGUUACAUUGUCUCAUUGACAUAUCUCCUAGUGCUAUACAACGAUUACAUUCGUUACGCAUCCACCCAAUUGUGAUAAGAAUAAAAUUCAAAUCUACUAAGCAGAUAAAAGAAAUUCGCGAAGAGUUCACGGGUGAAAAAAUGAGUUCUAAACAAGCUAAAGAGCUGCAGGAAAAAGCCAUUGUGUGCGAAAACGAGCUUAACAAAUUAGGAAUAAUAUUCUCUGUUAUUCAAGUUCCAUCACAGAGCCCUUUGCGGAAUAUUGUGAAACAAGUCUGCCAGCAGAUUACUGUUCACGUUGAUCAUGAACAGAAGAAAACUGUAUGGGUGGCUUGUCAACAAUAA